AUGAUGGCCUCGAAUUUGCUUUCCAGGUUUCUACCCUCAGCGACCGACGAGCCAUUCGAAGACGACCCCUUGAACCCUCAGCCGCGCCGAAGCUCUGCUUCAACAGACGGACAGCGCGACAUGGACAUAGACGAGGAGAACUUCGGGGCCUACUUUGAGCCACAGGACUUGGAACAUCUGCUAGAGGAAGCCUCCGGCAGUCAGAUGACCACUGACAGUCGCGCUGUUUCUCCUGAAGCAAGACGGAAGCCGAACGCGCCUCCAGGCAUCAACACAGCGAACCGAGCAGCUGGAUGGAAACAGCCCGGCCCAGCCCGCCCUCUGCCACUAGACGAUGAUGACGAUGUUCCGCAGUCUCUGCUACUCGAAGGAGGCCCUUUAUCGCCCCAUGCAACACGGCGCACAGACGGCCUGCCACCUCCCGUACCUGGCCCGUCGACGCGCCAGACACGAGCGCAGUGGAAUACAACACAAAGACAGCAGCAACUGCAUGCCGAUAUGGCUGGAGCUCCAGCAAGCACCUGGGCGAGAGCAGCCCACUUCAACAUCAACCCAAAGGAAAAGGCACUGUGGAUGUGGGUCAAUCAGACAGACCUGGACACAUACAUGAAGGAUGUCUAUGAAUACUACCGCGGCCACGGCAUCUACUCCAUGCUGCUGAAACGAAUCCUGACCCUUUUGCAGUCUGCAUUCGUAGUAGGCUUCAUGACUUUCAUGGGCUGGUGUAUCGACUACUCCAAGCUCUCCCAGAGUCAUAAGACGAGCGAGGUGCUAGUCCCCAAGUGUACCUCCAGAAUACACGGCUUUUGGAUCUUUGCUAUUUGGAUAUUUUCUAGCUACUGGAUCUACUCCUUCUACACAAUGGUCACAGACAUACCAAGACUUCGGGCUAUGCAUGACUUCUACCACCAUCUGCUCGACAUCCCCGACCGUGACAUCCAGACCGUGGAGUGGCAGCAAGUCGUCAGUCGUAUCAUGGCAUUGCGCGAUUUGAACCUCGCUACCGCAUCGAACCUGUCACCAGAAACCCGGAAGCUGCUUGAUUCGAAAAGCCGACAGCGUCUGGACGCUAUCGAUAUUGCCAGUCGCCUCAUGCGGCGCGAGAACUACCUCAUCGCCCUCUUUAACAAGGAGGUCCUCGACGUAACAGUGCCCAUCCCAUUCUUGGGGAAUAGGUACAUCUUCUCCGAGACUACUCGCUGGCACGUAGAACUCGCGAUCCUUGAAUUUGUCUUCAGUGGCAAGAAUGGGCAGUUCAAUCCCGAAUUUCUCAAGGAGCGCAAUCGCCGAGAGCUUGUAAAGAGACUGAGAACUCGGUUGAUGGGUGUUGGACUGAUCAGUGUGGUCUGUGCUCCAUUUGCAGUGGUGUUUGUAUUGGCAUCGUAUCUGUUCAAAUAUUUCGCAGAAUACCACAAAGACCCCGGCCAGUUGAGCAACCGCGAUUUUACACAUUUCGCGCAAUGGAAAUUCCGCGAGUUCAACGAACUGCCUCACCUUUUCGAGCGCCGUCACAAGAUGGCACAGCCCUAUGCUAACAUGUACCUCGCACAGUUCCCUAAAGACAAAACAGAGCAAAUAUCUUCAUUCAUAGCAUUCAUCACUGGAGCAUUUGCUUUUGUGCUGGUGGCACUAACUCUUCUCGACUCUGAGCAGUUUCUCACCUUCGAGAUCACGCCUGGAAAGACAGCAAUCUUCUGGAUCGGUGUUUUCACAGCUGUCUACCGUUCUGCUAGAGGGAGCAGCCCCCAGGAAGACCAGAUUUCGGACCCAGCGUUCUAUCUUGGCCAUGUCAUCUAUCACACGCGCUACGAGCCCGAGUCCUGGACUGACCGCCUGCACACCGACGAAGUCCGCACCGAAUUUGCGAAACUCUACCAACCCAAGAUCCUCAUCUUUGCCGAGGAGAUUUUAAGCAUGGUCAUCACUCCCUUCCUCCUCAUUUUCCGUCUACCGAAUUGCAGCGAGCGUAUCGUCGACUUCUUCCGCGAGUUCUCCAUCGUCGUUGACGGUCUUGGUGUGACUUGUUCAUACUCCAUGUUCCCCUUCAACAAGGGCACUCAGAACCGCACAAACAACAUACCCACCUCCCAACCUGGCGGCACACGCACAAACGACCCCACUUCGGACCCUAGAGAAGAUUACUUCAUGGCCAAGGACAACAAAAUGCUUGCGAGUUACUACGGCUUCCUUGACACAUACGCAAAUUCCAAUGGCAAGGGCUACAACAACAGACUCCAAGGUCGUAGCACCUUUCAUCCUCCACCCCAGUUCCCCAACGCGUUUGGCAACAUGAGUCAGUCAGCCCAACCUGGAGAUGCAGGUCCUCAGGCACGCGGCACCAGCAGAGGUCCCGCCGCCCGCCAACCUCAGCACCUCCAGCGCCGCACUCCCCGCAAUCCCGCACGGGACGAGCCCAUGUCCUCGAUGCUCCUAGACCCCCAGCACCAGCCCUCGGCCUCGGCCUUACGAAACCCGUCUCGAGGCGCUUCCCAUGGGAGGUACCAGUCGCGAUUGCACAACGUAGUGAGCCCGACAGGACAUCCAGGGUCGAGGAUCGAGGAAGAAAGCACGAUUGGGGAUAGUUGGCGUACGAGCAGGCUGGCGCAGGAUGACGACGACGAGGAUGAGGCGCCUGGCGCUGGAAGGGGCGGCGUACUGCAGUUGCUGCAGCAAUUCUCUAAAGCGCAGGCUGAGGGUAGGGGCGCUGGCGUUGGAGUUUGA